AACCUUUGAAUACCCCUGAGCGGGGCACCUCGAUGGCAUGCCAGACUCUAUCCAUGACGUCAGGAACGCAAAUCAAAGCAUGGCAAUUGGCACAAGUAUCAUUCACACAUAACCAACGCCAGCACUCCAAAAGACCCCAAAGACACUGACAUCCCAUCCCCAGCACAGCAUUACCAACCCACCCAAACCCAGAACACGCCAAUAACACUUGCUGUCAACAUGAACAACUCCACCGCCUCAUCAACCCUCCCCUUCGACCACACCGUGCCCAACUGCCCCGCGACCUCCGAGCGCCAGCAGGCCACCGGCUCCGAUGCCUUCCUCGAAAAGCCGGGCAUCGCGCGUGCCAACCUCGCUGUCUCGGCAGAAGUGCCCGACGGCAGUCCCACGUCCAAGGGGGCGGCGAUGAGGGAUUACACGGUGUUGCAGCAGCAUGUGCUCUUCUGGGACCGGGACGGGGACAGCGAGAUCUACCCGUGGGAUACAUAUGUGGGGUUCCGGGACCUGGGGUUCAGCGUGCUGUUCUCGCUGCUCGCUGUGGUGAUUAUCAACGUGAACUUCUCGUAUCCGACGCGGUUGGCGGUGUCGUGGUGGCCUGAUCUGUGGUUCCGCGUGUAUGUGGGCUCGAUCCACAAGGCGAAGCAUGGCUCCGACUCGGGCACAUACGACAAGGAGGGACGGUUCGUGCCGCAGAUGUUUGAGGACGUGUUCGCCAAGUGGGAUGUCCAUGGGGCUGGGUCGUUGUCGGCUGGCGAGCUGUGGCAUAUGAUCAAGGGGCAUCGGUUAGCUGCUGACCCGUUCGGGUGGGGAGCGGCCAUCUUUGAGUUUGGCACCACCUGGCUGCUACUGCAGAAGGAUGGGCGCGUGUCGAAGGAGGAUCUUCGGCAGACAUACGACGGGACAAUCUUUUGGAGAAUCAAGGAAGCUAGGGAGCGGGGCAAAGGAUGGAACAAAGGCUUCGGCCUCCGCGACCUUCUGCAGCUUGGCCAGCGCCAACUCAAGGCCCGUGUUGCGUAGAAAGGAAGGAUCACGGGCAGUAUUGCAAAAGAAGAGGGCCGAACACACGGUAAAAGUGCUCAUGUGGUUUAUGCAUUGCCCAGUGACGUUCCUAAAUACGUACAUAUUUAAGGAUC